GUUUAGCUCCAUUUGCGGUUGGUACUUGAAGAAAGUACCGAGUUCAGGAUGGUGUGUUUCAGCUCUUAAAAGGACUGCUCCUGGCCUCAGCCACUUUCAGACAUCUAUCUCUGCUGCGUGCGGUUACUUCACUGUUUACUCACAGAUUCAAACGUGAGACAGGCAGGAAAACAAACCCCAGGAUGAGGAGCCUUCUUCGGUUUCUGGCACUCUGUGCAGUGGUCUCUCUCUGUGUGUGCUAUGAGUCUCAUGAAAGCACAGAAUCCUUUGAAGAUUUGUUUGUGCCUCCAAAUCGAGCCAACUCCUUCAUCACGCCACAGAGGGGCAACAUAUACAACCUCCCCAGAGGGAACGGCCUCAACCAUUACAACUUCAUGAGGAAGAUAAAGUCUCCAGCAGAGAGGCGUGCAGAGACCUGUGAGGACUACUCUCCCUGCCGCUUCUUCGCCUAUCGCCACGGUUACCAGCAGGCCUAUCAGAAAUACUUUGCCGCCCGGAGUCAGCCACAGAGACCCCAGAUACCCCAGAGGCCCCAGAGACCCCAGAUACCCCAGAGACCCCAGAUAACCCAGAGACCCCAGAGGCCAGCUGUGAUCCGUCGAUACUAAACUGUCAGUCUGUCAAAGGCAGGGUUGUCAUUUAUAUCUAUGUAUGGAUGCAUAUUAAUACAAUCCAUGCAUUGCACCAUUUAUAUAAUUUAUGUAACGACAAUAGGAAAAAAAAACAAACACUGAGGCCUCCAGUAUAGCUCAGACCUCAUGGAAACACAUCAUUAUAUCCAUGUAGAAACUGACGGUCCAUCUCUUGUGUUUUCUCAGGAUAACCUUUAACCUCUAUUAUCACCACCUUCCCAUCAUUUAUACGCUUUAUGUGAAACGCUUCUUCAAUGCAGCGUUUCGCUCACUAUCCCUCUAACCGUAAAUCUCAUAUUAUCUGUUUACUUAUCCCAGGCCAGCACUGCUGCCAGUGAUCACUUCUAUGGCUUUAAAAUAAAUAAAAAUUCCCCCUCA